AUGGUAGUUCAAAAAGAACCGAUCGGCACAAUUCAAAUAAUUUCGCUUCUGAGUUCUUUCACGAGCAUAGUGGUGGCAUUUACUAUCAGCGAAGGAUUGUUUUAUGAUAAAAAAGGCUUGUUCGAGCUGCUUAACCUAAAAAAAAAAAUUUCAACAUCCUUGCUAAACGUAAUUUUCUUGAGUAGCCGACUCUUUGCAAUUACAUUCUUUACUGUCAGCUACCGUUGGUGGAUUCUGAGUGUUUUCGUUCUUCGUUUUUUCUUAAUAGCGUCACUUGCUGCCGUUCAGGAUGGCAGUUGCCUCACGAAGCUGCGGGAAUUGCAAGCCAUCAUGAUAAUGUUCUUCUCCGUCUACUGGCUGAAGGACGCAACAUUCUCGGAUUGGUUUGUGACUAUGAACCUCGGCGAAGAGCCCCGCGAACGUUUCAUGAAAAUACGCUUCUUCUCGAAGAUUUCGUUUGUGGUAACAAACGUGGUGAUGAUAUUGCUCUACUUUUUCAGCUCCUACUCCGACAACACUUGGUAUGCAAUACCUGUUACCGUUUACGUUUGCCUAUGGAAUGGCUUUAGUGCACUAAGAAUAAUAUAUAAGUGCUUACGAUAUUUCUUUUUUGAAUAAUAAGGGAACUGAAAGAACUGUAGGGAAUGAGGAAGACCAUAGUUAAGAAAGUGUUUUAUGGGUCUGAAUUUUAUUUUCAUAGCUUUGUUUUGUUGUUUUAGACACAAUCCCGUUAUUUACUAGUCCAUCAUACAAACAUCCCGAAUUUUUUUAUUCAAAAAAUCGGUUUUGCAAAAUCAAUUUACUUUCAAGGUUCAGGGGAAACCGAAGGCUGAAUUAAUGAGCUUUACUACUUUGCAGGCAAGGAAUUACCGAAUUAAUGUUACUGAGAUUUCGAAAAAUUAACAAUUGAAUUUUAAACAGAGAGUAUCGAGCGAUUUCUAGAUUGCUGAACUGAUAUAGCAGUAAUGUCGUCAGGAGCCCAUUAAGCAAUGAGCUCCUGGUCUCGUUCAAAAUAGAUGGGGUGGAAGAUACUUCAGCAUCGCUGCAUGUACAAGUACAAGUACACCGAGUACGAUAGGACGGACUAUUAUGAUACCUUUAUUGGAAGUGGGUCAAACUGCGAUUAAUUUAUACUGAGUCCAGUCCAUUUGAAUGGGAAAAAGAGGAUAAACCUAAAAGAAAACGCAGUUGUUUUGGUUGUUUUGCGAUUAACAACAGGCUUAUUUACAUAGUCAAAAACAAUAGCUUAAGCUUCUGAAUUUACAGUUCUCGUUUAAAGAAAUAAAAGUAAGUUGUACUUCGCUGAUAAUUUUCCAGCACAGAAAACAUAGUGAGACCCAUGAGCGCUGAUAUGUAUCCUUGUAUUUUAGUGCUAAAAUUUUCUGUUUAGCAUGAGACCUACUGAGGACUGGAGUUAAUCUGAACUUCGUGACCAAUUUUUCAUUUUCUGUGUGUAGGAGAUUUUGAAUAAACAUUGCAUGCUAAAACCUGGUAUGAAGAACGAAUUCGUAGAAAUCCUUAUAAAGACUCGGAAGUUUCGACUGUCAAAACGAGCCACAUUAUUAAAAAAUAUUAUGCUACGAUAGAUAAUCUUUCUGUGCACUUAAUAUCCAUCUUAAACCGAAAAAAAUGUACUGUACUUAACCGUUAAUCUUACUUAAUUUGAUUUACACGUUUACAUGUACAGUUAACUUUAAUGCAUAAAGGGGGUAAGUUUCUAAAAAAACUGUGAUGCUGCGUCUGUGGGAGAGUAAAACAGAUAAUUUAGUGUUAACAACUGAGUUGAAAACGUAAAUUGACCACCUUAAAGAGUUUAAAGACUGACGUUUCGAGCGUCAGCCAUUCGUCAGAGCGAUUGCAGACUAGUUAUCAGAAGGAAGUUUAAUUGAUAAACGAAACUGGACAUCAAAUGCAUCAAGCUCAAUUUGAUAUGUAAGCUUCGUUGUCUUCCAUAGGCUCGUCCCUCAUAUUCUGUUUUUAUCAUCAACCAAAACUGGACAACAAUGAAGUAUAUUUUGAACAGCUACAAGCUUCCGAAAACACCAUGUAAAGAAGCCAGGUUCGAGAGCUGA